AUCACGUUGUUGGUGGAAAAAGAACAAAGCAGAAGUAUCUCAAUUUCUCUGAAGAACAAAACGAGCUCAGGGAAGAUGAUGUCAAAUUUUGUACAGAUUCCGAAAUGUCGAGACCACGAGUAGUACUGGGAAGAGCAGCCCCUCCUCUCUAGACGAGGCUCUUUCCGUCCGUACUAGUGUGCUUUCCCGCCGCUACGAUUCGACUCGAGAAUUAUACCUACAGAUUCUUCUAGAUGAAUGCUAGCGAGUUUUCAAACUACGCACUGAUUAAAGAAAAUAAAGAUGCAGCAUUCCACAAGACGAGCUGGGUCCACCUCAGCAACCCGCCUCCCCGUUGCUCCUUCACCCUUGUGGGGCACGGAUGCCUGGGUGGAUUUGUGGAGUGGCUAUCGUUACCCUCUGCAGGAACCGGGAACUCUACCGGCUAAGAUCCAACGCGUCUUCUCGGAGAAUCAAAAACUGGAUUUCCCUUUGAUCACCGAAAUAUGCGAACUAGCGGAAAAAAGGCCCUACGAAAUCGCAGACAGUGUGAAAAUACUCGCACAAGCAUUGAGGGAAAAUACAGGGGCGAAAUUGAAGGUACAGGACUACAUUAUAGGACCACUACUAAGACUCGAGAAUGAGCGUUGUAUUUGAAAAGGUCAAAGGAUUCUAUGAAUGUUGAUGUCCGUCACCAAGAUCGUAGGGUCGAUAUGGUGGUCCCAACUAUAACAAUUCAACUAGUACAGAAAAAUGCUGGGGAGCGAACUAGAAGUGAACCCAAGGACAGUGCAAGUGUAAUAGUUGCGACCACCAUAUUAAUCGAUCAUCUGCCUAGUAAGUUUAUCACAUAUAAUCACGACAACACUCGCUGAAUACAGGUGGUAACCCUGCUAAAUGAAAUGGUGUACUCGAUGUACGUGGUUUAUUGUGUUGUUAGGGACACCAACCUGAUGCAAAUGAUACGACGACUGCAGCAAAAAGGCGCACAUCUCUCUUCGUAUGCGACACAAGGUACUACUUUCAUCUUAGUAUAAGUACACAAAGAGUCUGGUGGAGCAAUUGUGCUCUAUAAUUUUGACUCUAGAUGAUUGGGUACGAUCAUAUUGAUAUUCAUCAUCAAGUAAUGAGUCCAAAACGCUUUCUUCAGUCGGCUCCAGCGAUGAGGAGAUGGCGAACAACAUCAGGAUGUUUAGCUGUGAGAUCGAAAAGAAAGUGCGGGAAGAGCAGGUGAGAGCUGUCGCACCGCCGAAAGUGAAACCCAGACACAUCGACAUCUCGUUCUCGAGAAAAAGUCAGACUGGAGCAGGAGGCAUGGCUGCACAACAGGGUGGAGGCAUGGCUGCGCAACAGGGUGGAGGCAUGGCUGCGCAACAGGGUGGAGGCAUGGCGCCACAAGGUGGUGUGCAGCAGCAAGUAGUGCAGCAGUUAUCUCAUCAGCACCAAUUCGGUCAGCAGCAGCUUAAACAACAAGCGGAGCAACUGCAGAGGCAAGCAGGACAACUGUCCGGACAGGAGUUUCCGCGGCAAAAUUAUUUGUCACAACCAGAAGUAGUACCACCUCAACAGUUUGAACAGCAGCAACAAGCCAGCCCGCCACCUAUGCAGCAGCAACAAGCCGGCCCGCCACCUAUGCAGCAGCAACAAGCCGGUCCGCCACCUAUGCAGCAGCCGCAGCAGCCGUCGCCAGGAGGGAAUAAAGUUCGACCACCCCCUAUCGAUGUAACAUCUGGCGGUGGUAGUUGGCAAGGCCCUAGUGGAAGUCCUCCUAAUAGUACUAGUACCGCAGGAGGUUUCUCUAAUAGUAGUAAUACAGCAGGUCCAGCGCCUCCAGUACAGCACUUCCAGUACAGCACCUCUGCGGAUCAAGGAACGAGUUUAGUUGCCCCCCAUUUAGCUUCACAACCACCUCAAACUGUGGGAGUGGGAGCCAAUGUGGGAGCACAACCACCAGGAGCAAUCACUACGCCAGCUUCUAGUCAGAGUACACCCGCCUCUCGUGGCGGAGCAGAUAUCCUGGCAGACCUCCAACAGCCAGAGCAAGGGCUCGGCACCUAUGAUUCCUCAUACUUUGGUGGAGGAGCUAGUAGUGGUACUUCUAGUGGUGGUACUUCUACUAGUGGUCCCUUCGGUUUCGGUACUUCUAGUGGUGGGCUUUCACAUCAAGGAGGUCCAUCACCAUUUGGAAAUCCUCCUUCUGGUCCCGCUGCUCCGCCCAGUGCUGCAUGGGGAGCCUCGUCUACAGCCGGAUCACAGCAGAUGACUCAAGGUGCAUCGCAGACAUUUCCACCUCCAAACACAUCUGGGCUGCCUCCUCCGUCCUCGACUUCGGGAGGUGCCUUACCACCACCUGGUGGAGAGCUACUACCUCCAGGAGAUGCCUUACCACCACCUGGCGCAUCCGAAACGCCCGCUUUUGUGCCCCUAGUAGCGGAUGUGUCUUUUUCCCUCGAUCCCUCUGCGUUGUGAAGCAUUCUGCCGUUUUGAGUAGCUAGGUGGUAUAUAACCCCACUCGUCCCCAAACAAGAACCCUGUAGUUGUCCUUAUACGUUGCGGAGUUUUCAAAGAAAUCCCCAUGAUGUGACUUGUUUUCAAACUGAAAACACUAAAGAAGUUUCUCAGUAGAGUUCUACUUGGAU